CGUGUCGCUUGACGGUGAUGUCACUCGCAGAGGCUGCUCAGGACAGGACAGAACUAGAUAGGCAAGGGCUCUCAAUGUGAAAUAUUGCCACGAAAACCAUCGUUAAAACAAAGUGAGUGAUUUGAUUACUAUGAGAACCCGUUUAUGGACAGACUGGUAAGGCUGCUGGAGUAUUCCAGGGUAGUUGCAUUGUCAAGCUAAAACUGUUCUUUAGAACCAUAGGUUAGCCAGUGUACUUUUGAAAAACAGAUUACAAAAAUGUCGUCUCCGAGUCCGGGCAAGAGGCGAAUGGACACCGACGUGGUGAAACUCAUUGAAAGCAAGCAUGAGGUCACCAUCCUCAGCGGACUGAACGAGUUUGUGGUGAAGUUUCACGGCCCACCAGGAACACCGUAUGAAGAAGGAGUUUGGAAGGUGCGCGUGGACCUGCCGGAUAAGUACCCCUUUAAAUCCCCGUCAAUAGGGUUCAUGAAUAAAAUAUUUCACCCCAACAUCGAUGAGGCGUCAGGAACUGUGUGUCUAGAUGUCAUCAACCAGACUUGGACUGCUCUGUACGACCUCACCAACAUCUUUGAGUCGUUUCUGCCCCAGCUGCUGGCCUACCCCAACCCAAUUGACCCUCUCAACGGCGACGCAGCUGCCAUGUACCUGCACCGGCCCGAGGACUACAAACACAAGAUCAAAGAGUACAUCCAGAAGUAUGCCACGGAGGAGGCGCUGAAGGAGCAGGAGGAGCGCGCCGGAGACUCCUCGUCCGAGAGCUCCAUGUCAGACUUCUCCGAAGACGAGGCGCAGGACAUGGAGUUGUAGUGGAGAGGAGGAGCCCUUUCUCCUCCUUCUCCCCCCUCCUUCAGACUGUUUUUCCUAAAGACUAACUCUCUCGAGCUGGGACACCUCUCCCCUCCGGAUGAGACAAUAUUUUUUACAAUAAAAAAAAAAAGAAGAAAUUAUGGAUUUUUAUCUCAAACAAGGAGCUGCAGUGUGAAAAACAGCAAGUGGUUGUAAAAGCCCAGCCCAGCAAUCUGUCCCACCCGCACACACUCAAACACUGAAUGUGCUCCUGUGCACACGCGCCCUCCAGGAUACUACAAGCCACAGUAAGGACCGAACCAUCCACUGUACACGCUCCUUGCUACGACGCCCCUUGCUAAAACUAGCCCCCAGCUGAGGCUUUCUCCUUGCUUAGGCUACCCCCAUGCUAUGGCUAUAGCCCCUUUGCUAGAGCUAGCCCCUUGCUUAGCCAAGCCACUUGCUAAGGCUAGCCCCAUGCUAUGUCUAGCCCCCUGUUAAGGAUAGCCUUAACUAAGGCUAGCCCCGUCCGAACAACCACCAGUGUCAUCAACCUUCAGUGAGACCGCGAUAGGUCAGGGAGUUAGGAUGGGAGGAAAACGGCCGCCAUUUUGAAGCAGACUACAUGGCCGCAAGAUAGAGAGGCUGACAUCUCUGAAAAUCCCUCAAUGUCUAUUGUUUGAAUUGCCCCCCGCUGCUUUGCGUUUAACGUCGGCUCUCCCUCAGAGAGCAUGACAAUUCACCAGGACUUGCCGCUAUCAACGUUAAAGAGUUAAGCUUACAGUUUGUUUAGAUCUUGCGCUCUCAUGUCCCUCUCGGAGUACGCCGACCACGACGUUCUGUGUAGCACUGGGUUUAGCCCUCUUCUAGUAGGGAACAUUACCGGACAGCCUAUCCCCCUCAAAUGUAUUUAUUUUACCCCAAUGGAAAGAUUUACCGGCACUUGAACAUUUGUGGUGUGUGUGUGUGUGUGUGUGUGUGUGUGUGUGUGUGUGUGUGUGUGUGUGUGUGUGUGUGUGUGUGUGUGUGUGUGUGUGUGUGUGUGUGUGUGUGUGUGUGUGUGUGUGUGUGUGUGUGUGUGAAAAGGGGGAGGGGCUCUCUGUUAGGAAACCAUUUGUCAUUUAACAAGCAUUUCUUUAAUAUAUGUAUGCCUGGCGGAACAGUACGGUGGUAUAGGACAAGACGGAGCCAGCCUUGUACAGAGGGGAUGGGUGGGGUUGGUGACGUUAAGGGUUGGGUUUCAAUGUUAUGGGUUGGGUUGUGAUGAUUUGGUGUUUGUGCUGUUGCGAGUACGUGGGGCAGGAAUGUCCAUUAGUCAAACUCUUUGAUUCAUCCCUAUGCCUGUAGCUUGUUUCUAUCAUAGGUUUUUUGACUUGCAUAGGGGUAAGUUGUUUUCAACCUGGGUGAGUCCUCAUGAUGUAUAGUUUAAUACUAAGGUCCUUACACGGUAGUGGAUAAAAGAAACAAGCAUCAUGUUAAGAUAUGACUCUUGGAGCCUGACGGUCCCAUUGUGGCAGCCCUGUGAGUGUUGUUAACCUGUUGCUCAAAGCUCUGCACUUCCCCAAUGAGCCAUCCCCCCCGCUUCACAAAGUUAGUUCACCUGUCAUUUAGAGGAGCUCUUGGUUGCUUGAUCACCAUCCAGUGUUUGUUUUAGACUAAUGGUGCGCAUUGAUUUGGGCUAACAUCUGGAGUAACCAGGCUGACGUCUGGUUAACGUCUGGAGUAACCCUGUUGACAUCUGGUGUAACACUGUUGACAUCUGGAGUAACCGGGCAAACAUCUGGAGUAACCAGGCUAACAUCUGGAAUAUCCAGGUUUAAAUCUGGGGUAACCAUGUAAAAAUCUGGUUGCCCUCUGGAGCAACCAGGUUAAGAUCAGCUAACCUCUGGAGUAACCAGGGUAACAUCUGGUUAACAUCUGGAGUAAACAGGCUAACAUCUGGACUAACCAAGCUAACAUCUGGACUAACCACGUUAAAAUCUGGUGUACAUCUGAAGUAACCAUGUUAACAUCUGGAGCAACCAUGUUAACAUCUGGAGUAACAAGGUAAACAUCUUGAGUUAACUGUAAACAUCUAGUUGACCUCUAGAAUUACCAAGCAAACAUCUGGAUUAACCAGGCUGACAUCUGGAUAACAUCUGGUGUAAGCAGGCUAACACCUGGCUUACCCUUGGAGUAACCAAGUUAACAUCUGGAGUUACCAGGCUAACGUCUGGUUUACAUCUUGAGUUAGCAAGUUCAUGAGGAUGGAUCUGACCUACAGUGAUCUGAGUUCAAUUUAGUGGUUCAGCUGAUUCCUUUGUUUUUCAGAGAACGGCGUAAUGGAUCUGAGGGAUCAGUUGAGGGCGUUGUCUCUUAUAUGCAUGAAAACUGUCUGGAAACAAGGCAUUCAAAAUGUAUUUAGUGUUAAUGUUGAGGCUCCCGUGAACUGUUAAAGUAUUACUGGCUUAAAGCUUAUGGUUUACAUCUUAACUCUCAUGAAAAUCAGCUAGAGUGAUGCGGUCACUAAGAAAACAAAUAUCUUAUUCUACUUAUUUUAAUUAAUGAACCAAAAUAAUCCCUAUUGUUUGUAGUUAUUGGGUUGUUCCAUAAAGAGUAUUUCCAUAGAACAAAUUAGAUGCCCCAGAGCGAAAUGUUAAUCAUAAACGUGUUUAAAGUCUAAAUUUAUUAGUUUGAAUAUUUUACGUUGGUAACCAAAUAAAUAGAGGACGGAUCGAGGGACAAGACGCAGGAGAACCUUUUCUUUAAACAAACAGAACCACUGUGCGAGUUUCACCUUGACUAAUUAUCAUAUUACCCAUUUUAUUUUACUAAUGUACGGCAUACAGUAUAUUUGCCGAAGAUUUGUUUAAAUGUUUUUAUUUUGUGUUAUAACCCUGAUGUCAAAGAUACAAGUCAUGAUGGCCCAAUAUUUUAAAAGCAAAAAAGAAUAAAUGUGCUUCCCUUGUAUCUUGAAUAAAAUAAACAAAUAAAACAA